CCGAAAGCUGCUUCUCCGCUCUUGGCUGUUGGAAGGCCGCAGGCGGAACUCCUGGGCCUGUGAGUGACCAGCGGCUGCCAGAGGGCCAGAACUGGCAGCCCUCUACCUUACCCUCACUCUCUAGACCCUCUGGUUCACGGGCCUUUAUUCUCUGCUUCCCCUUAUUGUCGCCCCUGUGUCCUCGAGCACAUCUGUAUUGCUUUGUGCUGAGAACGGUAAAAUGUAGGGCAGUGAAAAAUAAUGUGGAACUUUUGAAUUAGAUUAUCUGGCCUUUCAGUUCCCCUGAAGAGCCUUUGAUCUAAGGCAAGUUGUUUUAAUAGAUGUGAACCUCAGGACCUUUACUUGUAAAAGGGGGUUGUAGCUCCGCCUGUCACUGAGUUGUUUUUGAGGAGUUGACAUAUAGUUAGGAUCUCUUUCAAAAUGGAAUGUGCCCUUUAAGUUAGGAAACAUACCCUAUCAUUUCCUGUGGAAUAUCAGGAAUAUCAUCACGUAAGAACCUUGAUCAAUUUUUUUUUUAAUUCUGAAUCAGGUAGUUACACCUGGGUUUGACUUUUUAAAUUAAAUAUGCCAAGAAAAUUUUAUAUAUAAUUUAUUGUAUCUGGAUCUAUAAAUUCAGAAUUUGUAUAAAGAGAGGGGAGUUUUUACAAAAAGGAAAGUUAUGUUGGGGGAGGGGAAUAAAAUCUGGCCUAUAAUGUUACUAUAUUUGAUAUAAUUACACAUGAAAUUUACAUUAUUUAUUGGCAUCGAUUAAGUGUUUAAUGAACUGAUGCAUGAUCACUUUUGUGUUGCAAGGUUCAGGGACUAGUUUGAGAAUAAAGGAAAAAGUGGUAACUCUAAGAGGACUAAUAAAACACAAAGCAAUUCUGAUGAGGUCUCUCAGUAGACCGAAAAGCUAAAUGGGUUUCAGAAAUCCUUUAGCACAAUCCUUACAUUUUAUAAUGAAGUAACAGGCCCAGCGAAGUUACUGGUCAUGAUUGAUAGAUUUAAACUUGAGUUUAGUCCUUCUGCCCUUUGUAAUAAAAUGUAAUACCACAUUAUGAUUGUAUGCUAUUAAACUUAUGAAAUUAGGUAGAAAGAAUCAGUAUCUUAGGGAUAUACCUAAUUCUGGAACUUCUCACAAUCCAUUCCAGGCAAAAUCAAGUGAGGGGACUUUAAUUUAAUGCUACAAAUAUUUCUUAAUGUUUGCUAUAUACAAUUGGGACAUAAAUGUAAGUUAAAGGUGGUCCCUAUCCCUAAGUUUAUAAUCUUUUAAGGGGCUAAAAUAAAAACAAAGUUAACAGUGAAAUAAGACAAAAUGUAGCACCAAAAAAGGUAGAAAGCAGAGAUCUAAUUGGGAGGAUCAAGAAAGAAUGAAAGAGAUAAUAUCUGAGAAGAACCUUGAAAGACUGAUCUUGAUGAACAAAAUAAGAUAGACAUAAUUCAUCUCGAGAAAGAUUAUUCAUACCCUGGAAUUUGAAAUGCUUUUUAUUUAGAAUAAUAGUAAGAAUGGAAAAAGAAAAAGUAAAUGAUGAUGGAAAACGAGACUCAGAGAAUUGUUUGGAGUUUUAUGAACAGUUUAACCAACUUGAAUUGUUGGAGACACAUGGACACCUUAUUCCCACUGGUACUCAAAGUCUCUGGGUAGGCAAUUCUGAUGAAGAUGAGGAACAAGAUGAAAAUAAUGAAGAAUGGUAUCAAUUGCAAGAAAAAAAAAUGGAAAAAGAUCCAGGCAAAUUGCUUCUUUGGGCUGCUGAAAAAAAUCGGCUUACUACAGUGCGGAGAUUACUUUCUGAAAAGGCCACUGAUGUGAACACUAGGGAUGAAGAUGAGUAUACCCCUCUUCAUCGAGCAGCCUACAGUGGACACUUAGAUAUUGUCCGUGAGCUGAUUGCACAAGGAGCAGAUGUUCACGCAGUGACUGUAGAUGGCUGGACCCCCCUGCACAGUGCUUGUAGGUGGAAUAAAACCAGAGUGGCUUCUUUCUUACUUCAGCAUGACGCAGACAUCAAUGCCCAAACAAAAGGCCUCUUGACCCCCUUGCAUCUUGCCGCUGGGAACAGAGACAGCAAAGAUACCCUCGAACUCCUCCUGAUGAACCGUUACAUCAAACCAGGUCUGAAAAACAACUUGGAAGAAACUGCAUUUGAUAUUGCCAGGAAGACCAGUAUCUAUCACUACCUCUUUGAAAUUGUGGAAGGCUGUACAAAUUCUUCACCUCAGUCUUAAUGGUUCUAGUAAUUUUCUUAAGUUUCUAAGUAUCAGUGCCUCUUGUGUAAGACGUAAAAUAUUCCCAUAAUGCAAAGUUGACAUCAAAUGUCUUACUUCGGAAACUCAGUGGCACUAAUUAUAAUGCUCUUCUAAGUGAAUUGCCUGACCUUGAUGUCAAAAUGUAUUUGAAAGUUGUUGAGAUAUAUCUUUAAUGAUUUCUGUGAAGUUUGUGAUUUUUAUCAGAAAUAAUUUUAACCUGCCUAUACUUAGAAACAUGAAAAGUGUUGUACAGAAACUAAUGAUAUUUUUGGUGCUGAUCCAAGAGAAAUGUAUUUUUAAAUAUCCCACAACCCAGAUGUUUGUUGAGUAUUUAGUAUAUUGAUGUAUAUUUUUAUAAGGUGAGAUAACUCAGAAUUAACUUUAAGGUCUUAAAUAUUCUGGUGCAGUUCAGCUGUGUUCUCUAUAUUACCAUAGCCAGUUGUUUUCAUUUUAAACCAGAAGAACUAACAUGUUAGUGACUUGAAUCUUAAUAAGUUAAAGAAAAAAACAUCAAAAAACCUAGAUCUUUGUCCUUUAGAACAUAGACCAUUUUCAGGAAGCAGUUAGCUAAGUGUUUAAUCCAUGAAUGUUGUAUACUGCCUCCCCUAUCACAAUUGACACGAUCCUGUGGACAGUCCUACCUCACCCUGUUCAGCCUACGUGAUACUCAUUCUAAUGGUGAAUCAGUAUGACCUUUUAGAUAUGCACACAACUGUACCUUGGUCCAAGAGAUCAUAAUGUAUCUGCUAUCCAACUGGCUUUACCUGCCUAAACCUGCUGGUUUGAGUAUUGCUCAUAUAGACUCAAGUUGACAGGAAAUAGUGAUUUUCCAAAAUCUUCAUUUUAUACAAACCAUACAAAGGCAAAGUCACAAGGGCAAAGGAAUUCUAAGACUGAAGGGAUGAUUAUUAUAAUGGGGCUAAAAUCACAAAGUGGCUCAGGCUUUAAAAAAAAAAAACUGGAUAGUGACAAAAAGCAUAAAUAUAAAUAUUUCAGAAAAAUAAAGUGUAAGUUUUGAACAACAAAAA